AUGGCGGCGAUCGAGGUGGUCGACGUGCGGACCAGCAUGCGGCUGCAGCGGUUCGACGGCACGGACGAGAAGUGGGGAGACUGGAGUCUCCGAUUCGAGGCCUACACCGCGCUGCUCGGCUUCGAGGAGUUCAUGGCUGCGGCGGGCCAGAGGCAGGACCCGCUACUGAACGACCAGCUCGACGAGCACGCGAGACAGGCGUGGCGCCAGCUUAAGAAUGAGUACGAAAGUCGUUCAGGGAAUCGCUGGACGGCGAUGCUGCGGUUCAUCCUGAACCCGCGGGACAAGUGGGCCAAAGAUCGCGAGGCGGGCAUCGACUUCUUUAAGUCGCUCGCCGCCUGGGAGGCGAUUGUGGCCGAGCACGUGGACCAGAGCGGCGAAGCCGUUUCUGAACAUGUCAGGGCGAGCGUGCUGCUGGGGCACGCGCCAGACCCAUAUCGUGAGAUGCUCCGACAGGCCCCAGAGGAGGUGAAGCUCACGUUCUCCGCAGCUCGCAGUCACAUCAGGGGCUACUACAGCGUCCCAGACGUGGGCGGGGUCGUCCCGGCGCAGGUGGAUGCAGUCCGUGCCCAGCCGCCCAAUGGCAAAGCCAACGGCAAGGGCAAGACGCACAAGUCCGAGAAGUCGGGCGGGAAGUCUGGCAGGCACCAGAAGGGCAAGGACCCAAAGACCAUUUCUAAGGGUCGUGAUGGCGGCAAGCACGCCAAGGACCAGACGGAGUACUUCGACGGCGAGUGCGGCUACUGCGGCAAGUGGGGCCACAAGCGGGCAGACUGCAGGAAGAAGAAGGCAAAUGACUCGACGAAGGAGCCAGGUCACACGCGCGCUGUUCAAGGUGACGCAGCUUCGUCAUCAGCCCAGCAGCCAGCGGAUGGCACGGUGAAGGCUGCGCCGGGCUACUUUGACGGCAAGCCCGAUGGCUGGGUGUUCGCGGUCACGGCGCAGCCGAAUGGCCGGGUGGCGAAGGUUGGCGGCUCCAUCCUGAUCGACAGCGGCAGCGACGACCAUCUCUGCAGGCACAGAUUUGUCCCAGAGGCUCCCAUCAGCGCUGCGGUGGACGCGCCGAGGCUCUUCGACGUGCAGCAGCGGCCACUACAGACGGCAGGCCCGAGGGGAGUAGAGAUGACCAUGAAGGAGGGCAUCGCGGCGACAGCGGACUUCCUCGUCGCCAACGUGAACGAUGAUCUGCUGAGCAUGGGGAAGCUGCUCAGGCAGGGCCUCAGGUUCAACCUCAGCCUGGAGGACGGGCUCUACAUGGUGAAGGGCCAUCGCAGCGUGCAGCUCACGCUGGAACGGAACUGCCUCAGGCUCCCGAUUGUCGCGGCGGGCCCCGCAGCUGAGGCUCGCCACUGCCGCGGCGCGGCAGAGCGGCAGGAUGCGGCAGCGGCUCCUGUGCUCAACGCGGACAGCUCGGUCGGCGCGAUGAGGGCCAGGCUGAGGGGGCUGUGCGUGCCCAUCUACGGUGCCAAGGCGGAGCUUUGGGACAGGCUCACCGCGGCGGAGGCCGCGGUCAGGCGGCCGGAGGCCGAGAGGGCGCACAAGCAGGCAGUCAAGGAGCAGCUCGGGGUCCAGCACGACCCAGUCGAUGCCAGGGGCUCCGAGCGGAAGGCGCCGCUCAUCAGCUUCGACUUUGGGUUCUGCAAGACGGCGGAUGAGGAUGGCGACCCGUCGAAGGUCGAGGACACCUACGCGACGAUGCUCGUGGCAUUCAGCUCGGACGCUGGAGUAGUGAAGUUCAUCCCCUGCCCAUCGAAGUCGGCAUCGCCGUGCGCAAUAGCGGGCAUCGAGCAGUUCACGCGGCGGCUCGAGGCGGGCAAGUGCAGACUCAAGACCGACUCUGAGCCUGCAUCGAAGGCGAUUCUGGACGGGGCCGUCGCAGAGCUGACAGGCAAGGUAACCCCAGAGUUGACGCCCAAGCACAGCAGCCAGUCCAACCCAGCGGAGGCGGCCGUGAAGGUCGCUGAGGGCCAGGCGCGAGUCCUCAGGUUGGAUCUCGAGAGGCGCUGCGGCACCAAGAUCACGGCGGCCAUGCCGAUCUGGGCCUGGGUGAUGCGUCAUGCUGGGUGGCUACACGAGCGGUAUCCACGACGAGCUGGAGGGCAGACUCCACGUGAGAUAGCGGCGGGCACGCCCUACAACGGCGACAUCUGCACCUUCGGCGAGACGGUCGAGGCGACCACGGGCAGCCCAGCCCGCGGCGACAGAGAUCCCGAGGGAGACGUGGUCAUGGGGGCGCCCCCGCCCCAGGCGGAGAGGCGCGGGCUGCCACCUGGGGCGGAGGCCUCAGAGGGCAAACGAGCGCGGGUUGCAGCGGCCCACGAGCUGGAUGUCGGCAACAUAGAUGACUCGCCCGACGCGUUCUGGGAGGGGAUCUCGGAUGAGGUCGAGGACCCAACCGAGCACAUGUUUGACGUGGGCGCUCAGGGCGAGCUGGACAAGAAGCUCGCGCUUGAGCACCUGCAGAGCCUCCUGGACCACGGCGUCGGCGAGGACAUUCCCAUGUCGGAGGCAGUGGGAAUGAAGCACAUCACCACCCGCUGGGAGAAGCAGUGGAGCGGCGGCGAGAUCCACGAGUGCGGCACCACCUGCGAACACCUGAAGAGGUUGAGGGCGCGGUUCGAGCACGGGGCGGAGCUGAAGGCGAACCCGAAGUACCUGGACCACGUGGUGGAGACCCUCAACCUCGGGAGUGCGAGCACGGCGCCCGCGCCAGGAGUGCCAGCUCACAAGGCUUUCAUGGGGUACUUGAUGGGCACGAGGGACGCGGUGAACUGGCCUCCGAGUCCGACGGAGGGCUACGGCGACAGCGACUGGGCAAGCGACCUUCAGACGAGGAGGUCACAGUCGAGCGGCAAGAUCGAGAUCGACAACAUCCCCACGCACUCCUUCAGCAGGCGCCAGGCGAUCGUGGCGACUUGCUCGGGAGUGGCAGAGUACUACGCGGCGACGGCAGUCGCCGAGGAUCUCCUUUACUUCAAGUCGCUCCUGGAGUUUAUGGGAUUCACGGUGGCGGCUGCUCUUCUGACGGACUCGUCGGCGGCCCGAGGCAUUGCCAAACGCGAGGGAGUUGGCAAGGUCAGGAGCCUGGAGGCGCGCGUGUUGUGGCUCCAGCAGGCGAUCAAGAGGAAGUUGAUGGACCUUGGGACUGUCGGCACCGACGACAACGAGGCCGACCUGGGCACGAAGAUCCUCGGGUACGAGCGCUUCGCCAAGCUCAGGACGAUGAACGGCAUUUACACAGACAUGGGCCAGGUCGCGGAGAGCGACCACCAGUUGGAGGAGGUGGACUUCGACGUGGGGGCGGCGGCUCGGGUUCGGCGCGCCCCAGGCGUGGCCGCUUCGCCGAGUGCGACCCGCUCAGCGGCCUUGGCGAUGAUCACGGCGGCGGUAGCACUCCUUCAGGGGUGCGACGGACCCGCCGCCGAGUGCGACGGCUACUACGGCACGGAGGUCUGCCCUAAGGACGGCAUGGUCGCGAGCGAUUGGACGAGUUACUGGCUGGUGUUGGUCGUCAGGGCGCUGGUUGUGGCCAUCGUCUUCGGCUACGCGGGGCUCCGCUACGCCAGCUGGGGGAAGCAGGAGUGGCUCCUCGUCCAGACCGAGCCCGACAACGCGAAGGACAAUAAUAUCGACUCAGGCAUUGGCUGCCUGCCAUCCACAUCGACCAAGUCGACGGUGGAUCAGAGCAACCGCAUGAGGAGGGCGGCUGGCACUCAAUCGCAGACGACGCACAAGUGGAGGUGGGCUACUCCACGUUCCCAGCCAUUGUCGAUCAGCAUGCACGGUGCUUUCCUUGAGGUGCACGCUGGGAGCGAGGCCAAG